AUGGGAAUUCUCGAGAAGAUCAAGGAGAUUGAAGAUGAAAUGGCCAGGACUCAGAAGAACAAGGCCACAGAGUACCAUCUUGGGCAGCUGAAAGCCAAGCUAGCAAAGUUACGGACGGAACUGCAAGCACCGCCAAAGGACUCGAAAGGAGGUGGAGAUGGUUUUGAGGUACAGAAAUAUGGAGAUGGGAGAUGUGCCCUCAUUGGCUUUCCAUCUGUGGGGAAGUCCACAAUCUUAACAGUCCUGACCGGUACCAAGUCUGAGGUUGCCGCGUACGAGUUCACAACGCUGACCUGCAUUCCGGGCAUCAUCCACUACAAUGAGGCCAAGAUCCAGCUGCUGGAUCUCCCCGGUAUCAUUGAGGGUGCUGCGCAAGGCAAAGGGCGCGGGCGGCAGGUCAUAGCGGUGUGCAAGAGCGCGGAUCUGCUGCUGAUGGUGCUGGACGCGAGCCGGCCGCACGCGCACCGGCGCAUUCUCACUGAGGAGCUGGAGAGCGUGGGUAUCCGCCUGAACCGCCGACCGCCCGCCAUCUACUACAAGAAGAAGAAGACCGGCGGCAUCUCCUUCAACGCCACCGUGCCCCUCAGCCGCAUGGACGAGAAGCUCUGCCAGCGCAUCCUACAGGAGUACAAGAUCCACAAUGCGGAGGUGCUGUUUCGGGAGGACUGCGAUGCGGACGACCUGAUCGAUGUCAUUGAGGGCAACCGCCGCUACAUCAAAUGCCUGUACGUGUACAACAAGAUCGACGUGUGCAGCGUGGAGGAGGUGGACGCCAUAGCGCGCAUGCCCAACUCCAUCCCCUGCUCCGCCUUCCAGGAGCUCAACAUGGACGGCCUGCUGGAGCGCAUGUGGGACAUGAUGGCCCUCGUCCGCGCCUACACCAAAAAGGUUGGGGGCAAGCCGGACUUUGCGGACCCCGUGGUGCUGUCUGCGGACAGAGGGGGCACCAGUAUCGAGGCGCUGUGCACGCAGAUCCACAAGAGCCUCGUAGCAGACUUCUCCUACUCGCUCGUCUGGGGAACCAGCUCCAAGCACUAUCCGCAGCGGUGUGGGCUGAGCCACGUGCUAGAGGAUGAGGAUGUGGUGCAGAUAGUGAAGCGCAAGGUAACCACAGGGGGCGAGGAUGGCAAGGGGCGCUUCAAGACCACAUCGAACAAGCCGCUGCGCAUUUCUGACAGGGAAAAGAAGGUUGCCCUCAAGACCUGAGGGGUGUGCUUUGGGUUAGCUUGUAGAAGCUGAACGCUUACUGAACUCAAUAUGUGGAACACUCAAAAUGAACUGAGAAGUAGACACUUCAGUAAAUUUGAAAGCAAACCUUGUCGCGGACUCGGAGAAGGUUUUGGGGCCAUUUGGCUAUGAUUGCAUAUGCUUAUGCAUCUAGCAUGCAAGCGACAUGACUGCAAUGUGUUCUGACAGCAUAUUUGAUUAUGGUUUGCCCCAUGUGGCAGUGAUUGAGCAAGCAGAAAUGAUGUUACCAACGCUGACACGUG